AUGUCUCAAGAGCAGACCAUAGUCUAUGAAAAAAGCGACAUAGUAGGUGUUCACAUUCAUUAUGAGUCAGUAGUGAAUGAAUUAAUGUUUCAUCUCCCAUUAACGAUAUAUGUAGGCAAUGUCCUUCCACCCGAACUUCAAGACCCUUUUGUGAAAAUUAUUACAGAACUUCUUAUUACUUUUGGGAAAGUAGUUCCCUGCACUUCUUUAAUGAUAGACGAAGAAUUUAAAGUGUCCACGAGUGAAGGGACUUUGUUUCGAUCAAACACGUUCUGUAGUCGUGUGAUGACGUACUACGCGCGGAUAUCAUGUCGGUCGUUUCUCCGGCAGACUCUUAAAAAUGUGAUUAAUGAAAUCAACAGUAUUCCAACCCUUUUUGAACUCGACUCGAUUAAAAACCCAAAUUUGACUCCAACUAUGAUAACAAAGAAUUUUGAGUUGUUACAAGCGUAUACCACAAAAUUUAUUAGAUCUAUUGAAAAUAACAUUUCCUCCCUCCCAAUGCCUAUUUUUGAAAUAUUUAAAAAGCUCUUUGAGAUGUCUAAGAAACAUUAUCCUGACAGCACAUUGUUACCUUAUACUAUGGUUGGAGGAUUUCUCUUUUUAAGAGUUAUUUGCCCAGCUAUAACGACACCGGAGUCUUCUGGAAUAGAAACUGAAGUUCCCAUCACUUCUCCGUGUCGAAGGAAUUUGAUUCUAAUUACUAAAAUUCUUCAGAACAUAGCAAACAACAUCUCGACGUUUAAAGAAGAUUACUUAAAAGUAACGAUUUCUUUUACUACACAAAUGUCGACUAAAAUCAAUCAAUUGAUCGAAAAGAUGUGCACCAAAGCCGUUGACCUCCCUCCACAACCUUUCCCACAGAACUCCAUCGACUCGAUUGAUAGAAACAAUUUGUUUGAGCUCCACUCGAUUUUAUUAAAAGCCGCGUCGCAACAAAAAGAGCCUCCAAAAGACCUUCAAGUGAAGUCUCCACGUGAAGAUAUCAAGAAACUAGCUAUUAUAGGGAAGGUAGAUACUCCUUCUUCUCAAAUUAAAGCCGACGGAAAUAGAAGAACUACUUCAUGGCUUGCCGCAAAGCCUACACAUAUAGAAAAAGAGUCGACUAUUGAUAAAACUACUCCACGACUUAUGGAUAGACCGUCGAAAAGCACAAGCUCAGGGUCUCCUAUAACACCUACUAUUAUCACCCCAGUGGCUUCCCCUGGUAACUCCCCAACGACUUCUGAGUCUAUUGAUUGUUGUCCUUUUAAUGAAAUGAAUACUACUAAUCCUCUCUCUCAUUCAACACCAAGUUCGACGAAUGGAAGUAUUAAUAAUACUAAUGGACAUUCAACUGCUCAAAGACCUUCCCCGUCCGCAUUCUUCUUCCAACGUCAAAGCUCCGAGAAGAACUUUGAUCGAGUUACAGACAUCGCCGCUAUGGCAGAUUCUACCAAUCCUUACGUCCCAACAUCCCCUCGUGGGACUAAUAGAACGUCCGGGUGGACAAGGACAAGUGUCACGCGACGAAGUCCUCCCCAAUUUAAUGCGUUGUGUCAGAAGAAUGUGACUAAACAGAAAGACGACGAGAAAGACGUUAAAGAUAUCAAAGAUACUAAAGAAAAGAAGCCGGUGCACAUUCCAUCUCAAUAUGAGAUGUAUACGAUGGUGAAGAAGAUUUGUAUAGUAUUAGGCCCAUCUCCCUUAUUUAUGCCGAAGAAGUUAGGGCAGCGGAUUAAUAUCGAUGUAGAGAAAGAUGAGUUUAUAGGCUUCAUCGGGUCUGUAGUUGAGAAGUUAAAGUUAGAGCGAGCGGUUUAUAUAGAGAAAGCGCAAGAUGGGUCUUCUGUUGUGUAUGUCAUUCUAUUAACGUUAAUGAGUAUCUUUGAAGCGGAUGAGAAGGUGAAAGAUGCUUUUGAUAGUCAUUGGGGGGAGAUAAGUUUAAAGAUCAUCGAAGGGUUAGUGAAGUACACGCUUUUAUUUGACUUAACUGGUGUGACAAACAACUUGAAAGAGACGUUUUUGAAGUGUGUAGUAGAUCGGAAAAGUGUGUUUACUGCGGAGCAGCGAAAGAAUGUGAAACGCGUGAUUUUGUUCCACGCGAAUAAAAAGGUGAAGAAAGUCAUUAACACUGUGCAAAAGAUGUUUGAAACAAAAGCUAUUAAAAAACUAUUACUAAUAGAUACGUGUGUGGAGCUGGAGAAUAUCUUGGGGGUGUCUAAUGUCUUCUUACCGGAGUCUUCCGUCUCGUUUGAUCGGCGAGUGUUUGUUGUGAUUAAGAUCAAUAAGAAGCAAAAGAGUCAAACGCGGAUCUUGCGAUUCUCAUUGGCGUGGCUAUGUAAUGUCGACCAAACAACAAACCAAUUAAUUAAUACAAUCGACUUAGAUGCUAUCGAACGAGUCGAGUUGAAGACUAGUGAAGCCAAGAUGUCGAUAGAAUUCAAGAUAGAUGAAACUAAAGAAAAGCGACUGUACCAAUUCAGUUCUGUCGCGUUAAUGGAAAAGGCGUUGUAUGAGUUAUACGCCAUCUUCUUGAUCCGAAAAAGACGAGAUUCAAGCUUCUUCACAUACACCGUCAAGAAGUGCGUCGUCGACUUGGCUCAUCCUUUGAACUUCGCAAAGUCCGUGUUUAAGAAGGACUGUCAGUUAUCUAUCACACUGAAGACUAUCAUGAUAGUCGAGAUGAUGGGGAUUCGUGACAUAGAAAUUGCUUCCCUCAUUAAAGUCGAGUAUAAUGAAGACAAGAAGGUAGUUAUCGUCUGGAAAGAUGUCGGUUGUGAAGAGGAAGUUCUUGAGUUCGAGAGGUUCGAGCAUUGUGAUGACUUCAUUAACAUUGUAAACGACUUGAUGGCUCAAUAUAACUCCCCAAAAGUUUAA